AUGAUGGAGAGGGCCGAGGACUUAGGGCUCAGCCUCAGUCUCAGCUCGUCGCUUACUCCUCGCACCCACCAUGUCGCCAUGCAGCUCCAUGCUCCAGAGAGGAGAUUCCUGGAGAUGCCACUGCUUCCUGCGAAGCGGGUCUGCGAGGUCUCUGCGGAUGAGGAGCGCUCCAGCCAGCGUGGCGGCAGCGACGACGAGGACGGCGGCUGCGGCAUGGAUGGCUCCCGCAAGAAGCUCCGGUUGUCCAAGGACCAGUCCGCCGUGCUCGAGGACAGCUUCCGGGAGCACCCCACUCUGAACCCGAGGCAGAAGGCAGCCUUGGCACAGCAGCUGGGCCUGCGGUCGCGGCAGGUGGAGGUGUGGUUCCAGAACAGGCGCGCAAGGACGAAGCUGAAGCAGACGGAGGUGGACUGCGAGUUCCUGAAGCGCUGCUGCGAGACGCUGACGGAGGAGAACCGGCGGCUGCAGAAGGAGGUGCAGGAGCUCCGCGCGCUCAAGCUCGUCUCCCCGCACCAGUACAUGCACAUGUCCCCGCCCACCACCCUCACCAUGUGCCCCUCCUGCGAGCGUGUCUCCAACAACAACAACACCAACAACAACAACAACAACAACAACAACACCGCGGACCGCCGCAACGGUGUCGAGGGCGCCAUCUGCCACCGCCCCAUCGCCGUCCGGCCGCAGCACUCAUGA